AUGGGAUGCAAGCCAGAGUGCUCACAGGAGAACUCCAGUCAGAGUUUUUCAAGUGUCAUGGGACAUGAAGACGGUGUCCGUGUGGAAUACCGCCUUGAUGGAAGCCUCUUCAACAUCCGUCGGCUCCAGGCCCACACAAAGACAAAGACCCGCCAAAUCUGUGAGCUUCAGUAUGCUGAUGACUGUGCCAUCUUAGCUCACAGCCCGGACUAUAUGCUGCACGCCCUCAACACAAUAACUGAUCCAAAUGGACAGAAUGUACUACAGGGAAUAAACAACUGGAUCUACAUUCAGUCUGGAGACAGCUAUUCAUGUGCUGUUGAAGGAUAUGAAAAUCUCCGCUCUCCUUUAGUGUAUGCUCCAAAGACCCCCUCAGUGACCGUGAGUCCCUCUGGCGAAAUAGAGGAGGGCAGUUCAGUGACUCUGAGCUGCAGCAGUGAUGCUAACCCAGCAGCUAACUACACCUGGUUCAAGGUUAAUAGAGAUGGUUCCUCCAGGUUCAUGAACCAGGGACAACAGCUCAUCUUUAAACACAUCCUAUCUUCAGAAUCUGGACAAUUUCGCUGUGACACUCAGAAUGAGAUAGGGGAAAGAUCGUUGUCUAUCUCUAUCAACGUAAAAUAUGGUCCUAAACACACAUCUGCGUUAUCAAGUCCCUCUGGUGAAAUAGAGGAGGGCAGUUCAGUGACUCUGAGCUGCAGCAGUGAUGCCAACCCAGCAGCUGAGUACAUCUGGUUCAAGAACAACCAACCUCUGCUCUGGGGACCAAGUCAACCUCAUACCUUCCCCUCAGUCCGCCCUGAAGACAGAGGAACGUACCGCUGUCAAGCAGAGAACAAAUAUGGACAUCUGAGCUCUAACUUGAUAAUCAUGGAUGUCCAGUACGCUCCAAAGACCCCCUCGGUGACCGUGAGUCCCUCUGGUGAAAUAGAGGAGGGCAGUUCAGUGGCUCUGAGCUGCAGCAGUGAUGCCGUCCCAGCAGCUGAGUACACCUGGUUCAAGAACAACCAACCUCUGCUCUGGGGACCAAGUCAACCUCAUACCUUCCCCUCAGUCCGCCCUGAAGACAGAGGAACGUACCGCUGUCAAGCAGAGAACAAAUAUGGACAACUGAGCUCGAACUUGCUAUUCAUGGAUGUCCAGUACGCUCCAAAGACCCCCUCAGUGACCGUGAAUCCCUCUGGUGAAAUAGAGGAGGGCAGUUCAGUGACUCUGAGCUGCAGCAGUGAUGCCAACCCAGCAGCUAACUACACCUGGUUCAGGGAACAUGGAGACUCAGUGAGAGAAUCAGGACAGAACUACACCAUCACUAAUAUCACAUCUGAGCAUGGAGGAAACUAUUACUGCCAAGCCCAUAAUGCCAUCGGACUUCAUAAUGCUACCUUUUUGGUUUGA